UUGAUCCACAACAAGAGAAAGACAGUUGUAAAGUUGUGUUUUGAUUAUCAUUUUCAUAAUGAACGAAGAUUUUUUUACUCUUGAUACAAAAGCAGUACAAAAUAAUAGUGAAAGUGAAGUCGAAGAGGAUGAUGACGACGAUGACGACGAUGAUGGGGAUGAAUUCGAUAUAAAUCCAUUAAGAAUCAAGAUAAGGAAGGAAGAGGUCAGUGUUAAAGAAGACAAGGAUGACAUAAAUCUUGAAAAAUUCGAGCGUGACAUGGGUUGGACUGGUAAAAAACGAAGGAAACAGAAUUUGGCUGAUUCUGUAACAGAUAUUAUAGAGAAUUCAGCCCCGCUUAAAGAAAUCCUCAAAAAGUCUGUCGUAAGAGAUGGUUUUGAACGUCUCCGGAGAGUGCCACAGUACAAUGCCAGUGAAAAAAAGUUAAAAGUCAUAAGGAAGAGACAACGAGAAAAGACUAAGGGCAGCCAGUGGUACAAUCUUCCAGCCACAGAAAUAACGGAUGAGGUCAGGCACGACCUCGAAAUCCUACAGAUGAGAUCAGCACUUGAUCCAAAACACUUCUACAAGAAGAACGAUAUGAAGGUCUUACCAAAAUACUUCCAUAUUGGUAAAGUUCUUGAUAAUCCGCUAGAUUUCUAUGGCGAUAGAAUGACCAAGAAGGAGAGAAAGCGUACCAUUGUGGAUGAGCUCAUGGCUGAUGCUGAGUAUGCUAAAUUUAGUAAAAGAAAGUACGAAGAGAUUAUUAAAAGCAAGGAUUGGAGGAAAAAAAAGCGUGAGUCUCGGCAUCAAAAUAAAAGUAAAACUUGA